CGGAGAAGAAGGUUCUCGCUAGGAAGAAUCUUGAACGCAGAAUCAAAUCCAUUGACUUUGCUCGCAAACUUCAAUCAAUCCUCAUCAAGAAAGUCAGAGGUUUAUGAGAGAUGAGGUGAAGCAAUGUUGCUGCUAUAACCAUUCAUCAUUAUUUUCUUUUCGAUUACAUUUUCUGGGAAUUACUGUUGAUCAGUGUUAGUAUGCUUGUGAUAUGACCCAGUUUUACAUUUUCAACUUUUGAUGAAUGGAUUCAAUGUGGAUUUGAUUAGUUGUUUACUCUAUGGCUUCUCUUUCGUAAGUUUCCAAUGAUCAUUAGAAAGAACAUGAGAUCUUAGGAGUACAUGUACUGAAAGUUGUUUCAGGGAUCUUAGAUAAUUUCAUGAGACGGCAAGUGCGUUACUUCUCCUGCACUUUGUAUGACUGUGCGUAGGUUAACUCUUUCCAGGCGUUCACACUUCCAUUUUCUGCAAAUACAUGCCAUGUCAAGGAAGGGGGUAAGAGAUUAUAGGAAGGACAAAUACAGGUCUGUGAUUGCACCGAGGAUCCUUGGAGAUACUUUUUGAAUGAGUUUAGUUCGUUGUUUGCUUCCAGUUUUUUACUAGUAUUCGGUAGUUUUCUUUGUCAACGUUUGCAGUAACCGGCAUUGCAGAGUCGUUAGUUUCAUGUUUGAUGCUGCAGAAAUUGAUCAGAGAGAUCAGAGAACAUAAUAUCUGUCUGCAGAUUUGCGCUAACCAAUCUGUGGCCUCCUUGAUCUAUGGGGGACAUAUCUUAACAUGUUCAUAGUUUACUGACAUAUUCUACAAGUUCGUCUUAAUUUCUCAGAUAUAUUCGUAAGAAAACCUAAGUUGCUCGGAGAAUCAACAUCUUUCCCCUUGAAUGAGCUGAAGAAAGAAAGAUUGACAUAUACUUCAUGACUUCCUAAAAUCGAGAUCUUUAUUUGGGUUUUAGAGAAAUUGGACUUACAAUUUUCUUAACUAACUUUUGAAUGAGAAAAGAAAGAAUGUUUUUAAUAGUUAUCUUUUUUUUUUUGGUUUUAUCUUUAGAGAUUAGAAACUGAUUUUGAUUUAAUGCAAGGAAUCUACAAAAAGAUUACUUGCUUCGUUCUAUCACUUUCCUUCUUUAUUUUGUUUUCUACAACAAGAAUCCUUACUUGAACUUGUCACCAAGUUAUUCUCUCUCUCUCUCUCUAUCUCAUUUAGAAAUUAAAAACAGUUCAAAUCUCUCUGUUCUCAUUCUUUCAUCUCAAGUCUUUACUUAACUUAGUUUCCUUUGAUGCUUUUUAGCUUCUUCAUCUAAAUGUCUCAUCAUCAUCACCAUGAAACCAACCCUCAUUUCGCGCGAAUUCCAUCGCAGAAUCCACAUCUCAAAGGCGGUGCUUCUACCUCACAAACAUCUCCGCACCAACCACUCAUCCAGCCCAUUCCACACCAAAAAAACCCGCACCAUAAAACUACGCAACCUCACCCAGUCGCUCCACCCGGAAUCCUAAUCAAGACUCGUGGUCGCCACCGUGAAAAACCAAUCCAAGAACCGAAACAUUCUGUAAUACCUUUACCCCGAGAAGAUAAACUACCGCCACAAAAAACUCCAAACUCUACGGAAAGACCAUUGCCAUUAAGCCUCGAAGAUCAUCAACAUCAACAACUACAACAACAACAACAAAGACCUCCACCACCACAACGCAGCAGAGGCGGUUAUGGAUCAACAUUACCUCCAAUACCCAAACCAAGUCCAUGGAGAACCGCUCCAACUCCAUCCCCACAUCACCGUGGUGGCCCACGGUUACUGCCGCCCUCAAGAGAGACAAACGCAAUGACAUGGUCAGCUGCAUUUUGUUGUGCAAUAUUCUGGGUCAUUCUUAUUCUCGGCGGUCUUAUUAUCCUAAUCGUUUACCUCGUGUACCGUCCUCGCUCUCCUUACAUGGACAUCUCAGCUGCUAACCUAAACGCUGCUUAUCUCGACAUGGGGUUUCUUCUAAACGGUGAUCUAACCAUUUUAGCAAACGUCACAAACCCAAGCAAGAAAAGCAGUGUGGAGUUUAGCUAUGUGACGUUCGAGCUUUACUAUUACAAUACACUCAUAGCGACUCAAUACAUUGAACCUUUUAAUGUUCCUAAGAAAACGUCGAUGUUUGCGAGUGUUCAUCUUGUGAGCAGUCAGGUCCAGCUUCAGCCAACGCAGAGUCGGGAGCUGCAGCGUCAGAUUGAAACCGGUCCGGUUUUGUUGAACCUCAGAGGAACGUUUCAUGCACGUUCGUAUUUUGGACCAUUGUUUAGAUACUCUUAUUGGUUGCAUACUCAUUGCAGUGUUUCAUUGAAUAGUCCUCCUUCAGGAGCUAUGCGCGCUAAAAGAUGCAAUACCAAACGCUAGCGUUUUGCGAUUACGUUUGCUCCUCUUUUUUUUUUCAUUUUCCUUUUUUUUUUGCCAUUUUUAGAAAUAAUUAAUCUUCUGUAUUCAUUGGUACUAAUUGUUAAUCAUUUGAUUUUAAUUGCGUCAUUAGUUUUUGUAAAGUAGAAUGUUCCAAACUUAAGAGGCUGUUUUAAGACUUUUAACUUUAUAAAUUUC